AUGAGCAAUGCGGUCUGGGUUGCAUGGCGGGUUCCAUGCCCGGGGCUUCGUGCCUCUGUGCUGCCCCCAGUGACAUUCCGCCCUGCCUGUCGCGAUCUCCGCAUUACCCCAUGGCGCAUGUACAGCACCUCACAGCGACUAUUCGGCUUACCGAGCUCUCCAUGUCGACUAAGCACACCUUUCUCUCGACCGAGGUCACCUCCGUUCUCCCCGCAACUCGCCCCGUCCGUUCCCCGCCGAUUCAAGAGGACUGCCGCCCCGAUUCCUAAAUCGGAUCCGUCGGAGGUCCAUCCCCGCCAGAAACCCUUCACCGAUGCCGAAGUCAAGGCCAUAUUUGGGCGCAACAGCCUCCCCACGAAGUUGGCUAACCGUGUUCUUGCGGUUUUGCACUAUCACCGCCUGGACGGUACACUCGACGCGAAUUUGCCAGCUGAUAUCAACCGCGCCUGCGCCCAGCACCAGAUCGAUACCGCGCUUGACUGGCUUCGACGUGAAUAUCCGGUUGAUGAGGAUGCCGCUAUUAUGGUCCGCAUUGAGCGUGAAGAGCGUGAGGACGAAGAGAAGCUCAUCCGCCGCGCCGAAAAGCUAGGCCUGUACAAACCCCAGAGUGGAUCUUAUGAUGCUGAGCUCGGCGAGGAAGGUUCUCCCUACGGCAGGAGUGUUCUUAAGGAAGGCCGUGAACAGAACGAGAAGCGUUUGUUGGCUGAGCAGGAACGUAAGCGUCAGGAAUGGCUUGAUGGUGAAAAGGAAGAACAGGAAAGGUUGAAGCGUCAAUUUGGCGAGAAUACUUCCCUGCAGCAAUAUCAGGAGGCCGCUCUUACUGAGGCUCGCCCUCGUGCUGAUCCUGCCUUGAGGCCAUAUCUUGCUUGGGUUCAAAAGCAUCAUAUUGCUGGUACUCAUGAGACACCCGAAGAUGUGAACAUUACUACCGCUCAACGUCUACUCGCUCCACUGCUUUUCACUAUCGUGACCCUUGGACUUUGCUAUGCCUUUACUCAAUACUAUGAGUUCCCCGCACGAAAGGACCGUUUGAUGCCAGAUGUUCCUCCAGCUGUGGCGACUGUUGGAGCCAUUAUUGGAGCUAACCUGGCAGUCACUCUUCUCUGGAAAUACGUCCCUCCCUCGUGGAGAUUGCUUAACCGUUACUUUGUGAUUGUCCCGUUCUAUCCUAGUUCACUUGGCAUGAUUGGAAGCGUUUUCAGUCACCAAACCUGGAGGCAUCUCGGAACGAACAUGAUGGUUCUGGCACUAAUGGGUACUCGAGUCCACGACGAAAUCGGCCGCGGAAACUUCUUGGCUAUCUACUUCGCUUCUGGUGCCAUGGGAUCUAUCUUCUCAUUGACACGCAGCGUUCUACUCGGUCGUCUGGGUAUGACCUCUCUCGGUGCCAGUGCUGCAACCAGUGGUAUCGUUGCUGCAUGGUGCAUGUCCCACUUCGAUGACAAAAUCACAAUGUGGAUUCUUCCAUAUGAGCUACGAGAGAAGAUCUGGACUCACGGUUGGGUUUUCCUCGCUUGUUUGGUUGGAACUGAGGUCUUCAGCUUGCUGGCUCCUGCGCGCUUCUUCCGUGUGUUCCCCCUCUCUCGAUUGACUAAGAUGGACCACGCUGCUCAUCUGGGUGGAUAUGUUGCUGGUGCGGGAUGCGGGUACUCUCUGAUGAAAAAGAGGGAGCGCGAGAAAAAGGCCCGAGAAUCCAAGUGGUUCUAA